AUGGCCUCUCAAAAGUCGUGCUGCAUCUGUUUUGCGGCAAUGUUAGUAACCGCUGGACUUACGGUUGGAAUUUAUUUCGCAGUUGAAGCUUUUAAAGAUAUAAAAUCCACUGGCUUUGCGGAGAAGAAGUACGGUGAUGCCCUCAAAGUGGCAAUGCAGUUCUUCGACGUUCAAAAAUCGGGUAAGCUAGCAAAUAACAAGAUAAAGUGGAGAGGGGAUUCGGGGCUUAAAGAUGGAAAUGAUGCAAACAUUGAUCUGUCGCAAGGCAUGUAUGAUGCAGGUGAUGCAGUAAAAUUUGGUUUUCCAAUGGCGUUUACGGCAACGGUGUUGUCAUGGUCCAUCCUUGAGCGUGGAUCUCGGAUGAAUGCCAACGGGAUGGAUCUGUUGAAGCAGGCUCAAGACUCUCUCAAGUGGAUUACUGACUUCCUUGUCAAUUCUUAUCCUUCUAAGAAUACGCUCUAUGUUCAGGUUGGUAAUGCUGAUAAGGACCAUAAAUGUUGGCAAAGGCCUGAAAGCAUAACCGACAAGAAACCACUCUCUCAGGUCAACAAAACUUCUCCUGGAUCAGAUGUUGCUGCUGAAACUGCAGCAGCAUUGGCUGCAGCAUCUAUGGUGUUUAAAAAGAGUGACUCCAUAUAUUCAGCCAAGCUUCUUAAGUAUGCUAAAGAAUUGUUUGCUUUUGCUGACAAAUACAAAGGUACUUACAGUACCAGCGUUCCCCAAGCCCAGACUUAUUACAAUUCAACAGGAUAUGGAGACGAGCUUCUGUGGGCAUCUAGCUGGCUCUAUUGUGCUACUAAAGAAAAAAAUUAUCUCCAAUAUGUCACUGGCCAAACCGCAACUGACUAUGCUAAUUGGGGAAAUCCAAGCUGGUUUAGUUGGGAUAACAAGCUUGCAGGAACCCAGGUUUUAUUAUCCAGGGUACUCUUCUUUGGUGAAGAGGACGACUCGGAUGGUCAACUUCAGAUGUAUAAGCAAACAGCUGAGACUGUUAUGUGCGGUCUUCUACCAAACUCUCCAACAGCCACAGAUAGUAGAACAGAAAGUGGUCUUAUAUGGGUCAGCGAAUGGAAUGCUCUACAACAUUCUGUUGCCUCUGCAUUUUUGGCUACUCUAUAUGGUGACUACAUGGAAACAUCAGAUAAUAAAGAGCUAAAAUGUGAAGGAAAAACUUUCAAGCCGCAAGAUCUUCGGGACUUUGCCAAACAACAGGCUGAUUAUGUUUUAGGUGACAAUCCCAAUUCGAUGAGCUAUGUUGUUGGUUAUGGGAGCAAAUUCCCAAAAUAUGUGCACCAUAGAGGGGCAUCAAUUCCAGCUGAUGCAAAGACUGGUUGCAAAGAUGGGUUCAAGUGGCUGGAGUCAACUCAACCCAAUCCAAAUGAAGCUACUGGAGCACUUGUGGGUGGACCUUUUUUGAAUGAUACAUAUGUAGAUGCUCGUAACAACUCCUCACAAGGGGAACCAACCACAUAUAAUAGUGCUCUUCUUGUUGGCCUCCUUUCAAGUCUCGCCACUUCCUCUCAAUCUGUAGACAAAUCUUUCCCUUAA